AAGCUUGCCAAUUGGUGUAGAUUAUGAGUCUAGACGAGCUUUUCAUGCAGAUACUGCAAUCAGAGCAAAAGGCACAAGAUAGGUGGAACCUUUUAGCAGAGUUAAGAACAGAAACAAAUCAAACAAAAGAAGAGAUAAAGAACACUGAAGAUGAAAUAAUCGUGCUUCAAGGGCAGUUAUCUGUUAAGUUCCAACUUCUAGCAGAAGAAGAACUAAAUCUAAAAUUGAACAGUAAUAAAGAAACUAUUCUUAAAGAACAACUUCAAGAAUUACAGCAGCAACAUAUGAAGAGUUUGGCAGACCUGGAAAAUUUAGAGAAAAAAUAUAGUAAAGAAAAAGAUAGUUUUGUAUUUGAAGUUCAGCAUUUCAAUAAAAAAUAUGAUUUAAUUGGAAAGGGGAAACAGUCAAGAGAAAAUGAUUCUCAGGAGAAACUUGAACACCUAAGGAAAGAAGAAAAGGAACUUGAAAAAGAACUUGCCAUUUUCAAAAAGCAUGAGGAAGUAUAUCGACAGCUGCAGAAUGAGAAAGAGCGACUGCAAAAAAAAUUAGCAAAAUCACACAUUGAUGGCAGACUAAGAGAUUUGGAUAUCAGCAUCUCCAAACAACAGAAUAUACUCAAAGGUUUAGAACAAGAAAAACUACAGGUGGCAAGGCAUCCACAGACUGACCAAGGAUUUAAAAAGUUACAGGCUGAGUUAGAUCAUUGUAAAACACAGUCAAUGGAAGGGAUGUGUGAAAUGCUUAAAUUGGAAUUACAGCAACUACAACAGAAAAAUUGGCAACAACAACUGCAACAGAAUUCAAAAAUUAGAAAUGAACACUCAUAUCAAAAUCAUAGACUUUUAAAGAGAUCACAGGGAAAAGUUCGUGGAAGAUCCACAGAUACGUUUUAA